AUGAAGAUUAUGCAGCUGAACCUGAACCAGGACCUCCUACUGGAGUCGGUCAGGGAGAAUGAGGUGGAUGUAUGCGUUCUUAGUGAACCCUUCAGACCUGGUUUUGGAGCUGAUUGGAGGUGCGACCACACCGGCAAGGCGGCUAUAUGGGUUUGUGGCAGAAACCCACACCAGUUUGGCCACCAACAGGCUGACGGCGGCUUCGUCAGGGCGCUAGUGGGCAGUGUUUGGGUGUACAGCGUAUACUUAGCCCCCAGCUUGCCAAUUUCGGACUUUGCUAACACACUGGACAGAUUAGCUGCGGACGUGAGAGACCACUCACCAGCAUUCGUCGCAGGCGACUUCAACGCUUGGGCAGUCGAUUGGGGAAGCAUGGUCACCAACCAAAGAGGGCGAUUGGUGGUCGAAGCCUUUGCUUCACUGGACCUAACUCUCCUCAAUCAAGGCUCGAAAUGGACAUUUAGCAGGGCCGGUACCGGCUCAAUUGUUGACUUAACAUUUUGCAGCAGUUCGCUCGCUCAUUUAGCGGAGUGGGGAGUCAGUGACUCCUAUACAGGAGCGACCAUAUGGCCAUUUUUGCAAUAUUGGAGCUCGGAGCCACAGGUGCAUCUCUGCCGCACCUCGUUGGAGGAAUUUCUCAGCCAGCAAGCUAAACAUCGAGCGCUUUGCAAGCUCGCUGAGAGAGCUGGAGGUUUCAGGCAGCGCAGAGCAGAUGGUCGAAACUGUCAUGGAAAGGCUAGAGUCGGCUUGCGUAGGCUCCAUGCCGAGUCGAGUAAACCCCUCGCUACGCCACACGCCAGUUUACUGGUGGAACGAGACCAUUGCUGCUGCAAGACGUGUCUGCAACCACGCGAGGAGGCGCUAUCAGAGAGCGCGGGGAAGACCCUCUUCCUAUAUUGGCAAACACUCUUUAGAGAGAGUCGCAAAACUCUCAAAAAUGCGAUCAAGGAGAAUCGCCACCACCACCGGAUGAUCUGUUGCGUGGGAUUGUUUCCCAGCGUGGAGGAAGACAACGCAUGGCUGCCAGAUGCAUCCAACGAUGGUCUGCCUCUGAAGUUGGUCACCAGCGAGGAGGUGUUAAAAUGCGUUAGAAGCAUGAAACAAACCGGGGCUCCAGGUCCGGAUGGCAUACCCGCAAGGGCACUAAUGCUCGCCUGCUCCCUCCAUCCAGAAGCUUUUUCAGCAAUGCUGAAUAAGUGCCUGGAAGAAGCUGUAGUCCCGGAUAGGCCUAUCUGCCUCAUCGACGUGGCGGGGAAACUGCUGGAGAAGGUGAUCUGCACUCGCUUGGAGGAAGCUAUAUUGGUGAACGGAAACCUUUCCCCCAACCAAUAUGGAUUCCGGAAGGCCAGGUCGACAGUAGAUGCAAUCGAGAAGGUAGUUGGCAUUGCUUCCAAUGCAAUUGCUGGCACUCGCUGGAAAGGGGGCCAGAAGAAGUACUGUCUGAUGGUGACACUGGACAUCAGAAAUGCCUUCAACUCGGCCCGGUGGAACUGCAUCUUACGGGCGCUAGACGCAUUCAAAGUCCCACGGCAGUUGUUGAAGAUUAUCAGGAGUUACUUCUCGUCGAGAGUACUCAAAUAUGAUACCAGCGAUCGAACAGAAGAGUACAUCGUGACUGGAGGCGUUCCUCAGGGAGCAAACCUAAUUGGUUUCGCCGACGACAUUGCGCUACUUGUGGUCGCUAAGGAGCUGGAGGUCGCCGAAUCAAAUUGCAACAGAGCUAUCGAUUGCAUUGGGACUUGGCUGCUCUCCGUUGGACUGGAGUUGGCUCCCCACAAAACGGAAGCAGUGCUGAUCAGUAGCAGGAAGAAAGUUGAAACAGCGGUAGUCAAGGUCGGAGCCGCCCAUAUUACCUCCAAGCGUACACUUAAGUACCUGGGAGUGACGAUCGACUCGAGGCUGAGUUUUCGGGAACACCUGCAGGAGGUUGGCCGCAAGGCUGCUGUCACCAACAGGGCGUUAUCUCGCCUGAUGCCCAACACCAGGGCCCCAAACAGUGUCGUCGAGCAUUAA